UGUCGGCUGCAGAUGUUGUUAAUAGGCCUGUGUAGCAACGGAAAGCACAUCGUUUAUCUGCAUGAGGCGGUGCCUGUGUCUUUACGAUAAUAAGACUUUGUUAUGGUCACCUGCAGUAAGAGAGGCUUUUAAAAGGCUGAUAGAAGAUGGAACGCAAGUAGAGACAGCAGUUGUAAGAUGCGCGUAUUGCGUUCAGUAUUAGGAGGAUGUAUGUGUGUGGUAGCAUGUGUGGUGGUUUUAACCACACUCACUUCCACACCACCUGCAGGACCAGCCAUCCAUUCCAUAGUAUCACACAACUUAAAGGAAGAGCUUGAGGGAAAAAUGACUUGUGAUCAACGCCAUCUUGAAAGCCUUGGUUUUAUUGAUGAACCCAUUCUCUACCCUCAUCAUUCAUGGGAUAAUCUUAGUACCCCAGUAAUAGCAUCAGCAGUAGCUAGUGGAGAAGUAUGGCAGGUAGAGGGAUUGUUGUCUGUUGCACAACAGAUGUCAUCCAAUUUGACUGUGGUUGUAUACAGCCUCGAUUUACCUUCCACUGAACUUGAACAGUUGGAGAAUACCUGCAAUACAUCAUGUGCGAUGGUUAAAUUUGACUUUGGUGCUUAUCCAUCUCAUGUGAGAGAUUUUAGGCUCAAGGCUUAUCGGCCAAUUAUCAUACAGGAAUUAUUAGUUCGGACAGGAGCAGUCUUAUGGUUGGAUGCAUCUGUAAGACUGUUGGUCGACACUCAUGAAUCAGGAGUUACUUCAGAUAAGAUAGAAGAGUGGAGCAAUGUUGUUUUGAAAAAUGGAGGUGUCUUGACUUGGCCUUUGCUGAGUGUUUCACUUUUACCGACAGCUGCUCUCACUCACCCCAAUAUGUUUCCAUUUUUCCAUACUGACAAACACAACUAUGAUUUUCAACAGAUGGGAGAUGCUGGUACAUUACUAGUUUAUAACAAUGCUGGAGUCCACGAUUAUUUGAUGAAGCCUUGGGUGUCAUGUGCAUUGACUCAGAAUUGCAUUAGUCCUAUUGGUGCUCAGGACACAGGGUGCAGGUAUGACAAAAAGCCACUGUUCCGUUACUCUGGAUGCCACCAUUAUGAUGCGUCAGCUUUUAAUGUGGCAUUAGGAGUCAUGUUUUCCUAUGAUACACGGCCGUACCUCGCUGCAUCCUCUCCCUUCAUUAGAGUUUCACGGAAGGAAAGUGCUGAAGCUGAUAAUUUGGCUGGUGAAGGUAGGACAAAUAAUUCAGUAAGAGAAAUUAUAAAAAGAGAUCAUAUUGGCAUUUUCGAUCCAGACUCUAUUGGUCCAUCACUGAGAAAUAGUUUGAAUAAUCUCAUGCCUACCAACAAAGACACAAUUCACUUUGACACUAAGGAGGAACAAGAUGUGAACUUUGUGAGUAAUGGUAAAGUUAAAAACUUGAAAUCACCCAAACAAACAUCGUACAACUCAGAUAGCAAAAAUGAACAUUGACGUGAAUUUCACCCUGGUGAGGGUUCUGCUUAUUUUCUUGCAUUAUUGCUUAUUAUGUUCCCAGAAAUGUUCCAACUGCAGUAGAAUUUUACUGUUCAAAGGAUGUGGAAUGUUUUCAAGGAGAAUUCAGGUUACUUUCAUGCCACAAGAAUGAGUUUUACUCAUCUUUGAAAUAUUACCUUGGUGCUUAUUUUUUUAAAGUUAUGAAAAAGCUAGUGCAUUAGUAUAACAGAAAUCCUAGAACAUAUACAAAAAAGUGGCCAGUCUGUGGAAAGUGUUAGAGGCUAUUACUACUCUGUAUGUGAGCUUCUUUUCCAAGUCAGAAAUGUCAUCUUCAUAAGUCAAGUGCACGCUUAGUGUAUACGUAAAAAAGCAAAUUAAUUGUCGUAAAGUUUCAUAAACUGUUGGUGUUAAGAGUUUAGGAAACAGGUGUUGGAGAAUAAUAACUUUCAUUUUGAGGUUACAUUAACAUGAGGCAGAAUAAUUCAAUAAACACUUUGGUAAUGAUUGCUUUACCAUUGUAUAAUACAUACGCAUUAGUACUACUCAAAAUGUAAGAUUUUAGAGUAAAAAUAAAAAAGCCAAAGAGAUAGAUCAGAUAAAAACAAAUCUGGGUAUUAUGUAUAAGAAUAGUGGAAGCAGUGGUUGAAGGAUGUCCAGUAGACUAUUGUUAAAGACAAAAAUAGACAGCAGAGGUUGAAGGAAGUUCAGUACACCAUUAUCAAAGACAAAAUAUGAACUAGAAAAUUAUAAUUUGCAAUUAUAGGUAAUCAACUUUACUGCUGCACUCUGUGAACACGUUGUGCAAAAUACUGAAUAUGUUGAUACAUAUUGGAAAUAUUAGAUUGCGUAGAAAGCUGUCUAGUUUUAUUUUUCAGGAUUUUAUAAUUAUAUGCUGGAUGCACUGCUGUAAGCAUGGAGGCAAAAUGUGCUCUUUGAUAUAGCUUGCAUAGAAUUAAUUGUACUCAAGUACACAACUGUAAAGCAGAAGGAAAUAUGUUGACUGUUACUAGACAUUGCUUUUAUAUGGGCUACAUACCUUCCUCUCCCCAAGAGGAUUGUGAUAUUGUUGUUAGAGAAAAGCCUAUACUCUACUGCUCAUGAUAGAGCACUAGUAAAAUUUUAUUUUUAUAAUGGGUUGCUUGUAAUGCAAGCAUAACUAGCAUCCUGGUUUUGUUACAUGAACACUGAAGAGGAUAGGGACAGUUUUAUCAAUGGAUGUUCAUCUUGAGGCAUGUUAGAAAUUUACCCUAGAAGAAAUAUACAGAAUUCUUUAUCAUUUUUUUCUGCUAGUAGCUUCAGCUCAAUUUAGUCAGUACCUUAAGCAAAAAUAUUUUUAUUUAGAAUAUUUAAUAACUUGUGGUUAUAUUAACUAUAGUAUCAGAUAAGUUGGGUGUUUACGCACUUUAUAAAGCUGUAAGUGGUUAUUUCUAUUGCUUUGGAAUUAGACAUAGUGUACAUAAAAUGCUGUAUAGUUAUAAUAAGUUGAUAUGAAUUACUAAUCUAUUACUUUUUAUACUUUUACUAAUGACAUUAAUGAAUGAAGAGGUAGUCUAGAGAUUGGCCAGCUCAACUGUGUCUUGCCUUCUGUUUAAUGUGUACAGAUGGCCCAUCAUAUAUUCUUAAAAGCCAGACCAGAGCAUAUCAGGCCUUUUUUCUUCCUUUGUGUGCAUCACAGUGCUUCAAAAUGAUGAGGAUGAUAUUCUGAGGACAAAAAUGAUCGUAGAAGGAAUUUAAAAGUGUGGUUGAGAAUAAAUGAACAUUGAAGUAAUCAUAACAAGGAAAGCAGGCUAUCAGUUAACGUAACAUUAAAACCAAUCACAACCAGGGCAUUCUAGUCAUCCAGCUAUUGAUCACAAUUAGAAUGAAGGUAAGAACACUUAUGAGCAUGGUUAAGGACUUGCUCACUGGCUAUGCAUUCAUUAGUCAGGCAGCCACAAAUCAAGCCAAGCAGAUACUAACCAGUAGCAAACAAAUGUUUAUCUAAUCAUCUUAGCCUUUACCAAUUUUUAGCCAUCAAGGAAUAUAUAUUUGUUAUCGGCAAGAACUUAUCAUUUUAAUAGAUACUAAUGAACAGAAGGAACUAGAAACUUCUUUGUGACAAUGGACAUGCCCAAAGUUACAACCACUGUCUGAUAAGAAUGUUCAUUGAAUGGGAUGGAAGAAGCUAUGCCAGAAGUGUGUUUUUUAGACAAGAAAUGUAAUGCAUAGCAGCAAAUCCUGUAAAAGCAUAUGACAUUCAUAGUGAUAUUCAUCAGACAACAAUUUAGUUUUAAUUGGUAGUACAUGCUUCAGUGGCAUAACCCAAAUAGCCUGCCAUUGGGUAUUCUCUUGGCAGAUCCAGUGCCAGAGGUGUCAUUCAUGGGUGCAUCCAUAUGGGGUGGGCUUCAUUUGGUUGACUUGAAAAUGUCAAGGACAUAUUACUACAAAUCAAGGUACUUUAUUGACAUAUCAUUAAAGAGGGCAUGUUAAUCUGGAACUAACAGGAAGUCCUUAUAAGGUCCUCAGGUUGGAAAGAUGCUGGUAUUCAUGUCAAAUAAGUCAACUGUUGUCAUAUAUCCAAGGAACCAAGAUGGAGAUCUGAUGUAUGAUUUGGGAUCAUGAUCCACAACUAGGCUGAGAAGAAGAAUAUCUAGUUGGUUCAUAGAUGUGUUCCAGGAAGGAAUAACUUGAUAAAGUAAAUUAUAGUUUUGGACAUGUUUAUAGGUUUGGGUGUUUGAUAAUUAGUGUUUGUCGAUAGAAUUAUCAAAAGUAUGCUGUGGUCGGUUCUCUGUGACACCAAUAAUAAACCCCUUAUUACCAAUUUAGGUAGUGAAAUUUUAAAUGACUCGGCAAAACAUACUAUUAUACAGCAUUAAUGUAUUGCUUUACUUUUAAAUGUAUUGUGGAAGGUUAUUUUUCAUGAGGAAUUAGGGUUUGGAGAUUUUUUACAGUUUUAUCUGAUUAUUGUAUUUUGCAUACUGAUCACAGAGAUAUGGAAUUUUAAUUUGAUGUUUAACUGCACAAAGAUAUACAGGCAACACAGUAGAUUACUAAAAUAAUCACACACACCACUUCCAUAACCAAUUAAGCUACAAUCCCAGCUUGUUUCACUCUCAUGGCUAAAUCACACCUCGUAAACACUAUUCUUAGUCUAGUUUAUGAGGUAAUGGACGUUCCUACUGUAUCAUUAUUAUGAAGUAUUUUAUUGAGACCUCUUCAUUCACAAUUUUGGAUUCUUGGGCUUGAUCAAAGGAUUUUUCCCAAAUGAAAGGGGAAAAUUAGACAAGGGUAAAACUGGAGCUGCCUCUGUCAUCAAGGACUACAGGUCAGCCGUUUCUUGAAUACUAUUGCUAACUAAAGAGCUAAAUCUCUUAAAUUUGGCAGGUACUAAUGAAUUUUCUGAAUUUUAAGAGAAAACUCUUGGUACUCUACAACUGUUUUUUUUUUAUUGACAUCAAGAGUUUGUAGAUGGGGAAGUGAACUCAUUUGAUUGCUAAUCGAGGAUGGCCCUUUAUGGAUUUUUGGCAGAUAGCUUUGCUCCCCACUGCAGUACCUGCAUGUGAGGAACUUAAGGGUUAGGGAAAAGAUGGCUCCCUUCUGUGAGCAUUUUUGCAGUAAGUGGAGAAGUGUAGUAGAUCCUACAACCUACAUUCACUUUAUUUAUUUCCUUGUGCAUGUCAGUGAAAGUUGCACAUAAAGUGAUCUCAAGAAAAACCAUCUCAUUCUUGAUGAGGGAGGUGAUAUCCAAGGUAUGAAGUUAUGCCCGAAAAUAGAUUCAAGUACACUCAUCAAGGUAAUAAUCUACGAGGUAAAAGCCUUCUUCAGACUUAUUGAUUUUUUGAAAACCAUACGUAUUAAUUUUUCAUACAAAACCAUGGCUUAUUUAUAGCCCAUGCUUGUUAUUAUUAGUAAUAGGGUUUAAUUUUUCCAGACCUCUGAGUCUUAAGUAGACUCUUCUCAGGCUGGUGAGCCCAUGCUUGUAGUCUUCAAAUGCCCGGAACAUUUCAGUCUUUUGUUAACAGACAGGUUGGAGGUAUGUAGUCUUGCACAUGCAUCCAUGAUUCUCCAGCAGUUAAUUUCCUUAUGCAUAUAAUUUUCUAAAAUUGGACAGGGAAUUGUAAAUUGAAAUAAAAGAUAAAUUGCAACUACAAAUGUCAAAAACAUAAUGGCAAACACAAGUCAAUUUAUCAAAACUGGACACGUAACUUUAAAAAUAAAAUUCACAAUACCAAGAAAGAAAAAACACAAAAUUUGAUCCUACCGGAUAUAUACCUAAAGUUAACAAAAGGCCAUUGAAGCCUUUUCAUUAAUGCAGAGACAAUUAAAAACACAGGUGGAGCUAAACAAGCAAUAAACAAAUAGUAAUGGACAGACUAGAAAUCGUCUUAUAGAAUAGUAUUUUAUUGAAUACACACAAGGCUAAGAGGGCAAAGAUUGAACAGAACUAACUAGAGGCAAAAACCAAAGAAAAGUAACUUGUUCAUACCAAGAUACUUACUCAUGCUGGAAACCUGUUUAAGAGAAAAUUAGAACAAGUCCAGUACUUCCAGUCAUUCCUAUCACUUAACUGCUCUCCAGAAAGAUGUGAAGAAAUGGAAACCCAGCAAAGCAGAACUUUUACCCAAAUUUUUAUAUUGCACUGAUAAAAAAAAAAAAGCGAGUGGAAGAACUAUUGUUUUUGAUUAGUGAUAAUUAAAUGAAAUGUUGAAAUAAUCUUUGGAAUAUUGGGAAAUCAGUCUACUUUUUUUAGGAUUUAGUGAACCACUUACAUUAUGGCAAACGUGAAAAGUGAUUUGGUUAAGUACUGGGAACUUUGGAUCUGUUAGCGUAUGCUCAGCACCACCAUUAAUCUUGUGUCUGUUAAAACACUGAGUGCUUAGGAUAUUGAAGACCACAGAGGUGAGUUUUUUUUUAUAAGAAAUAGGUUUAUGAUGAAACAAAUAUUUUGAUCAAGUUUUUGCUACAGGGUACUGUUUGUUGGAGAAUGUAACUCCCUAAAGUAUGGAUGAAUUUUCUAGCAGACUGGUAGGCUGGAUGUGCACUAUAUCAUAUCAAUUUAUCAUCUUAUUCUUGAACACCUUGAAUCAGCCUUCAAUUUGCACAUAAAUAUGUUGUCAUUAAUUCCUCCAGAGUGGGUUUUGAUAUACAUAGUAUCUGUUUGGUUCUUAGUGGGACAGGGAUCAAGGUCAUUAAAGAUUUAUCUGAUAUACUGCAGGGAUCCAAGGGCAUUAAAGAUGUACUACCUGAUAUACUGCAGGGAUCCAAGGACAUUACAGACAUACCUGAUAUACUGCUUCUGAAUAUGUUGAUUACAGUAUAUCGAUUGUAAUUAAAGCUAAGACCUUGAGCAAGUUCCAGGCACCAAAAACUAACUUGCCAGUAAUACCAAAUAGGUUGGGUGUUGUUGCUGGUGAAUCAGAAUUCUCUUAAUCUCCAUAAACAUCUGUUUUUCAUUGUGCACUGUAUGAACCUGAAUUUAUUUUAGGAUUUUUAUUUCAAGUGCACAAACCUGAUUUAUUAUUUUAUGCAAAAAGUUCUCCCCCUUCCCAUUUUGACACAUCUCUGAGCACUGACAGGAAAGGAAGUUAGUGUUUGUGAAUGCCAGACAAAGGUCUUUCUAUGAUGGAUGUACACUACAGCAUUACUCACUGUAAGUAACAGUUUAACUAAGUUUUAAUUAUUUUGGCAAGUCACAAUGGCAUUAGUAAAGGUAUAAAUAACGAUAGUAAGUUUAUAUCUUUGAAACUAAAAAUAUUAAAUUUUAAACAAAUUUGCAAUGCUUUAUAAAUAAACUUGGAUUUUUCAUGGAAUUGUGAUUCUUGAAAAUAUUGGGUGAAUAUUGUUUCAAGUGACCUAAAAAAAUGUUGUAUUUCAUAGUUCGUUGAAUUUUAGAAAAAUUGUUAAAAAUGGACAGUAAUGUCAUAUAACAGCUUAUCACCUUGCAUAAAAUUAUAGUGUUUGAGAUCUGAUCAGUAAAAAGGCACACUCAUCUUGUCAACUAAAAAAAUUUAUUUUGGUAUUUUAUGGAAAACUAUUUUCUGGCUGUGUAAUGUCAUUUGUAAUUAGUUUUAUAUCUAUUAAAUCAGAUAAUGACUUCUUACUGAUCAAAAAAGGAUUUCUCAGAAAAUAAUUUUUCUUAAUGUUCAACUAAGUACCAGGAACCCUGUAAAAAAAUUGUUUUUUGAGAAGUCCUUUUUUGUUUAGUAAGAGUUCAUUAAAAUGGUUAAAAGUCAAAAAAUAUUUGGAGCAACGUUGUCAUUAAAUUUUUUUAGGUAAAUGUUUUUGGGCAUGUUUGUUACCAAAGAAUCUUAUUUUCAUUAAAUAUAAAAUGCCUUAUAUAGCCACACUUUCCGUGUGCAGUUAGCAAUUUUUUUUACUUGAGAAUCUAGUGUAAUUUGGUGUUCAUCAAGCUGACUACAAAUGAAUAUUGAACCUUGUUAAGAGGAACAUUUGGAAAGUCAAUUACACCACUCUCAAGUUUUCAUGUUUUAGUUUAUGGUCAUUGAAUUUAUAAUAUUUUAAAUGUCUUUCUGUCCUCCGAAAAAGGAUUUGACUGGCUUAUAAUUUUCCAUUCUUUGUAAUUUAACUACAUCUUUGUCAUAACAGAAAAUCAAGUGUCGCAGCUUCCUCUUGUUAAGUAUAUAUUAAUUUUCUCUUAUAAGAACUGGGAGUUUUCAUUAAUUACUUUGGAAUUAUCUAUUGUUAGAAGUUUUGGGGAUUAAGAUUUAGAAGCUAGUUUGUGGGAACUUCUUUUUUAGUUAUUUACAUAAUUUGUUAUCAAAACUGGGGUACAUUUAUGUAUCCAACUACUAUACUAAAUUAAAAUUAGAGUGGAAAACAUUUUGCAAAAGGACAGCUGAAGUAUGUCUUAUUAUAUUAACAUGCAUUUUUUAAUCAUUCAUUUAAGGCAUUGCCUGAACUUAUUAAUUUAGUUGACAUGACACAAAUAUCUUGCACUAAUUACUAAUUGUGGCUUGGGAAGUUUGCAAAAUUGUGGCUAUAUUGCUCAAGGGAGAGUCCAUUUUGUUAUUUUAGAAGUCUGAUUUUGUAUUUGUUGUAAAACUAGUAAGACUUUCCUUGUCUUUGUCUUUGUUUGUUAUAGAAUGGAAAUUAGCUAAAAUGUAUGGUAAUAAGAAAUAUAGGAUCACAUAUAGAAAGCCAGUUUUGUGUACAGGUUGUAGGUAGUGAUAUAAAUUUUGUACCUUAGUUUUAUCAGUACUGUAAUACUUGACAUCUAGUUUUCACAAGCAUUAAGCUAUGAGUGGCUGUCUCUUGAUAUCCUGUCUCACUGCUGCUUCAAAAUUCACUUUUCUAUGAGAUCAUUUUGCUGGGGUGCUGUUGAAGCUAAUUCUGGUGCUUUUGUCAUUUCCUUGUGCAUCAUUGAAAGCAUAAAGACCAUAAUGCCUGCUGAAAACAUAUACAUAGAUGAUUUUUAUUAGUAUAUAUUGAUUUGAUAAGAUUUGUUGUGCUUUUUCUAGGAAUGGAAUUAGUUACAAUGCAUUUGCCAUUUUCUACAUGGAACAAAUGAGUAUACAUACAGAGAAGGAAAUCAAAAUCAUGGCUGAUUUGGAUUGAUUCCCAAUUCUAUUUCUGAGUGUUUUAUUUUAACAGGAAACUAGAUUCCUUGGAUUUUAGUUCUUUCCCUGUUGUUCUGCAAGUAACUAUGAUGUUUUCUUUCCUAUAUAAAUAGACAAUGUACAGUCACUUCCACUGCCAACCAAACACAAAGGCACAGGAAUCACAGUACUGGAGUUUGAAUUGGCAAAGCCACUGGUAGCAUAUUUUACAAGACAACUGACCAUUUGGAUAUAUUAUUUAACUAUUGUCUUUUUUGGUAUAUAGUGUAAUGGUGUACAAAUGUUAAAUGCUGUUAAUAUCUGUUGUAAUCCCUUUAUGAUAUAUAUACGUAUGUGUAUUUGUUUUAUUUCUUUGUCAGUAAUGUUGAGACAUUGUAUAUACCAAACCUUUUGGUUAUGUAGUGAUAGGUUAAUUUGUAUGAUUGUUUUUUAUUCAUUUAUGAACAAUUGUGAUAAAUGUUUGCAUUUCAAAGGAUACCAGAUUACAGAAAAUCUAACAUAUUCAAAGUCAGCUAAAGGAAUAUUUUAUUUGACUAAAUUUUUUAGUCAUUUGAAAGACUGGGAUAUAAAUCAUACAGUAAAUGGUACAGCUCAUUUGAAUUUACUCAGUAUCUUUUGUAUUAGGUUGGAAGAUAAUAAAUAUGUUUGUUUAUUGUCAUUUUAGAGGAUCCUAAAAGCUGUAGAUUCCAAUAGUUUUAUAGACAUUAACACAAAGUCCCCAACUUCAUCAUUCCUCAAAAAAGUCUGAAGCAUUGUGUGCUAGAGAAAUGCUGUAGGGAUAUAUUGAUUUUCUUUGUACACAUUGGUAAUAAAAACUAUGAACUUUAUUUUCAAUAGGGUGAUACUGAUUUGUUAGGAAACCUCAUUGGUGAUAAAUGUGGGUUAUGAAAGUUCCGUUCUUUUGUUUCUUUGGUUUCAGGUAUCAUGGUGCUCAUCUCUCUCUCUUUAGAGGUAGUAUACUGAUUUGAUGGCAAAUAAGACCCAUAGACAUGAAGGCCCUUGCUUUUCUGUAGGAAAUAUUUAGAAAUGAAAGUGGUAAGUGUAUUUAAGCUUUCAAUUUAAUUUCAGGUUUUUAUGGAAAAAAACGAGGACAAAACAUAUAGCUUUCAUUAAGUAAACUGAUAUUAGUCAUACUUUCAUGGUAGGUUACUUUCUAUUGCCCAUAGUCAUUCCAUUUUAUAUAGAAAUAGGGAUCCAAAUAAAUACAGUGCUGCUUCUCCAUGAACAUAUGAAUCUGUUUAGAGCUGUCAGCCACUCUCCAUAUGGGGUAUUCUAAUCCUGUUGUAAACAUUGUAUCUGAUGCAAAAAAAAAAGUCCAAUGUGAAUGUGAUUUUUUUUAUACUGUAGUUUUUAAAAGGGAAUUACACUCUUGAUAAAAGGAACAUCUACAAUCAAACCAACCCAUUCUUUGGAAUUCUCAUGCAAGUGAUUGAACUUCUAAUUAUAACCUAUUAAGAGUUUGAAUUAACUUCCUUACUUAAAAUCAUGGUAAUCUUUGGUUACUAAAUGUAUGUACUGGCCAAAUUCAUCACCAUUAAUUUUGUAACUUAUCAGUCUUUUUCUUUUCUUGCCUCAGAAAAAUCUUGAACACGGAUUUCACUGUUUUUAACUAUGUUGAACUGCACUUGUGAAUACAUACCUUAGUUGUAGCCAAAAUAUGUUGCAUUGCUUAGAUGCAUAAGUGUCAGUUGUCCACAAUUGUGAGGUUCCUUCUGGUAUUAAGGUUUGUAGUUAUGAUAGCUGUUCCCCCCCUCUGUCUCCUUUCUUUUGCAUGAGCAUAUGAAGCAAGAUUUAUUUCUCCAUAAGUUGGUUCAUUCUCUAAAGGAGAAAAUGUAUUUGGUUUCUUGCUCUAGUGUGAGCACCUGCGGCAUCAUGCCAGUGCAAAGCGUCGUGUUACAAAUCCUGUUUGCUUCACACUGCAAGUCUCGAUCCCCACCUGUUACCCCUAGGCCCUCUGGUAGGCAUUCAGGCAGUUUCUGGGGGUCAUGCUCUUUUUCAAGAUCCCCCAGAUUUUGAUAAAUUGCGUCAGUCUCCUGAUUAGGGCCCGAGACCUUCUAAGGCCUGUUUGAGUUCUUGUUCCUGGCCUUAGCACAGAAUUUGGGUCUGCAACAGGAUUUUCCAUUGUUAGCUAACCAGGUAUUUUCUUUGUUUCUGCUAUUCCUGAGUCCUCUCUUUGGGAACUCUUUUGAGGGAGAGACCUAAGUUUCUGGCACCAGUUAUGGCACAAUGGUAGCGUGAAGUUAACCCUUAUAUGCCAGGCUAAAAUGUACAUUAGGAACUUCGCUAGACCGGGACAACUUUAAGGUUGGCCAGUUAAAUUUUAAAAAUUCAAUGGAAAGAGGAACAUAUGGAAAUGCACAUGGUAUAAAAGAAAAUAUUAUGAAAAAUUUUCUUCACCAUCCACAGGAAGUUGAAAGUGAAUAUUCCAACCUUGUGCUGUGCUUCUUUUCCAAGACACUUGUAAAUGUAAAAUAGUAUGCUCAUUUAAGACCCACAUAAAAAUAUGCAAAUUUUAGUGUUAUACGUUUUCUUUCUAAAUUUUUUUGCUUCAUGUUACAAAAUACACUUACAGCUCACAUAAUAAUAGAUAAGAUCUAAAAUCAGUAAGUUCCUGAAUAUAUUUACAAUAAAAUAUUUAUGAGAUGUAGUACUAGGAUGGGGAGAUGCAGAACCUUUUAGUGAGGUACACUUCUUUUUUUGUUUUUGUACUUUAGUUGGCAAAUUUACUAUUAUAGCUGAAAUGCCACAGGAAAAGAUAAGACAUAGAACCAACAGCAAUCUUUGGGUAUAUAUUCAUGGGCAAAUAUAUACAAGAUGUCCUGGGAUAGGGAGAUGCAGUAAAUUCCCCCUUGAACUCUAAAGUCGCACUAAUCUCCCCUGUAUCCUAGACUGAGGUGUUAGUGUUGCCAUAGUCAUUUAUGGCCCAUUUAAGUUAUUUGAACAUUUUCCUGCAAAAUUCAUUCAAAGUCCAUGGUGUAGAAUAUAAAUUCUCACUUGAGUUGGGCUGGACAGAACAUCAAGAGCUAGUACGAAUUGCUAUGCCUCAUAUGAUCAUUCCUGGAUGCAGGGGGUAAUUCUUCUUUGGACCAAGUUUUUGCUUCAAAUUUGGUCUCUUUUUGAAGAUUUUAAAUGUUUUAUAUUACAGAGUGCUGGGAGUUUUGCUGCUGCUACCCCUACGUCUUGUGCCCUCUGCUGUGGAUUCCAAUUCCAGAGUUGGGGAAGAACAGGUUACCUCUGCUUUUCAGAAAUUUCUUUGUCUCUACACAGCCAAGUUUUCUGAUAUUUUGGCAGCGCCAGUAUUUCAGAAUUCCAGUUCACUUAGGGGAGUAAAGUUAAAGCCAAGGGCUGAACAUCUGUCAUCUCCUAAACUAGCCAAGUCGGUAAUUAAUAGGUUGGGCUCUGCUGCCGAAUUGCUUCUAAAGAAGUUUCUUUCAAGUCCUGCUUGCCCUUUCUUCUGUUGUUUAUGAGAAGGCAAGGCUUAUCACAUGAAAUGGAACAAUUAGUACCUGGAUCUGCCUCCCUCUCUUGUUAAGGAUUCAAAUUUUUUCUCCCUCCUCAGUCCCAUAAGAAGGCAGUCUAUUCUGGGACAGUGAUUUUCACCUCUAUGGAAUUUUACACCAAGUCAGCAUUCUGUGUUAUGGUAUGUCUUGACUGAAAUGACAAUUGUUGCCACUGAUUAGAUUGCCAGGGACUUAGUUUUGGAUCUUCUUCCUGAGAAUCAACAGUUUUAUAAUAACCUCAUGGGGUUUUUUGGAUAUGUGGACAAGGCUAUAUCCAGUGCUCACAGUGAGCAUAUUCAUUAUUACCAAUUCCAUAGCAAAGUGGUGGGAACAACUUAACUCUGUCUUCACAAAGAAAACUAAUUUAGGAACGUACCUUAAUGGUGUAAGAGAGUGCCCUGUAAGAUUCAUGAGCACCGCAGUCAGGGCUUAUUAAGUAUGAUGGGCCGUCCCACUGCUCAGCCUGGCAGGACAUGCAUCAAGAAUUAGACAGAGCUUCCCAAGUACUCGUAAACAACGAGUACUCUAAUAAGCUCAUUAACCAUGAGAUCAAGAAAGCUCUUGAGAAAUGGUAUAAAAAUGAAGACGUACCUGAAGAAGAAAAAGACACCAUCACCUUAUACUACAAGGCUUUUAUGCACUUGGAAGUACUGGGAGGAGGAGAACACUAUUAAGAAGAUCAUGAGGGAAAAUGUCACUCCCACCAAGUAAAGAAAGUCAUAGAGCUUGUUGUAUAUUACAAGAAUAAAAGAACUUGGGACUUGAUAUUGCAAACCAACCCCUCACCCCCAGCUGGAGACCCCCUGAAGCAUUCCAGUGUAGCAUAACAAUAUCAAUGCUCUAUCCAUGGAUAUCCUGGAACAUUUAUUGGCAUGACUACUCUGCAGCUCGCAAAGAGGAUUUCAUGUCACGUACAAGAGGGCACUAUCAAGAACCAUGCCCUCACCUGUCACAAUUACACUCCAUCCAGUGACAGCAUUAUCAACACCAACACCAUCAUCGGCAGUGCCCCAGACCCAAGAAACUACACUUGCUGGAAACCAUCCUCUUCCUAGACAAGAAGCCCUCUUUGAAUACUACUCAAGAGUCCUUUCUACUCCCUGCUGACAUAUGGAGAAACCCAAACCAAGAUGACAUGGUAUUACUAAAUAAUACCACACCAGAUACGACCACUGAACAAGACACCCCAAAUCAAGAAAAGAAAACCAGACUACACCAGGCAUAAUAUCAUGCAACAGCAACACGCCAAUGACAAUUCGGCAAGUUGUGACAUCAUGCAACCACCUGCUCCAACCAACCAGAAUCUUGCAAGGAGAGGUGCCCUUCCCUUACAGCGGUCUGAGAGACUACUGCAGCGUCCGCAUAGGACCCACCUUUGAUCUUGAAACGGGUUUAGCAGCUGGAGAGAGAGAGAGAGAGAGAGAGAAUCAUUUAGUAUCUUUAGUCAAUUAGGCUUGAGAUCCAGUUCAUACUGCGCUAUGUUUAAUAUAUUCAAGUUGACAAAUACCACAUUUUUUACAUGAAGCCCCCAUUUGGAGUUUUAAUGCCAUUAUUUUCAAUAAAACCAGUAAUAAUACCUAUAAUAAAAAUUAUAUUAAAGGAAAUAUUAGUAUUUGGCCUUGAGCUAGGUCAAAGUAACUGUAAACAGUGGUUGUUUGCUGCAGAGUUAACUAACUGGAUACAUGUUCUUUACAUCUAAGGUCAAGAGGGGUAUUUUCAAAAAUGGGUUUUGGGGGAAAAUGUACUGUAGGUCUUAUAUGCCAUCAAAUAUGAUAAGGUGUUCUUAGUUAAGCUGAAGAAUUUUGGAACUUGCACAUCAACUUAAGCUUAUAAAAGGAGGAAACAUCUUUUAUAAGGAAUUAUUAUAGUGUGUGAAGGUGAUCGAAAAAUAUUUACAUGGAAAUUACUAGGGAGCGACUCAGCCACCAUCAUGGUCAAAAAAAUUUUGUCAAAAAAUUUUCAUCAGAAAAUAGCAUUUGGCCUUUCCUAUGUUAUUGCAGUAGACUACAUAAUGGUCAAAGACAAAAGCAUGGAAUCUUUAUCCAGUAAAACUUCUUUCCUUUUUUUUUUUUUGAUUGAUAAAAUUUUUAUUUAUGCAAGUAAAAUUUUUCUCAUGGGUCUCUCUCCCUUGACUGUGGGUUUGAUCAGGUUGAAAGAAUACCCUAUAUCAGUUAACAGACUUUUGAGAAGACACCUUUCUCUAGUGUACAGUAUUGAUUCAAUAACAGUCCCAUGCAAACCAAUUUCAGUGUUAGGAGCAGAAUAAGUAAAAUAUCACCAAAGGAAAUGAUUUACAGUACUACUGCUAUCUUCUCCACCAAAGAAAAUACAUCCUUUGGAAGUUAUCUACGAAGUUAACUUAUGUGGAGAUUUUUUAAAAACAGUAUUGUACAGUACUGUACUAAUCUGGUAGUCCAUUAUAAUUCUUAAUUGUGUUUUCUCUUCACUACAUUAAGCAGGCUGUAGAAAAGGGAACUGUUUUUCAUUACUGUAUUUUACUUACCUUUUCCUUGCAGUCAGAGUUGCUGAAGUAAUUCCCUUCUAGAUAUUUUAGUUAGACACAGAUUACUAAUGCAUUUAACUUAGAGUUAAAAGCAAUGAAAGUGAAUAUCUGCAUUACUUUGAUGAAACAAAUGCCAAAACCAGAUGGAAACUCAGCUUACUAAACAAGGAUUUGGUAGUUUAACCAGUGGAUCAGGUAUUACAGACACUGCACUAGUACAUAUAACAUAAUGAUUCUUCCCCCAGUCUCUCUGUAUCUUCCUUCUUUGUACUAGGUGGUUUGGUAAUUAUUUUUAAAGAACUGUUUUUGCAAAUUAACUAUAAUAUUUUUUGCUUGAAAAAGAUACAGUAAACAUUAAGAAAUUGGACAGCUAUUCAUGGAACUUUGAAAGAUUAAAAUAGAUCUCACGGUUCAUAGUCGUCCCACUGGCCCUAGAACAUAUUCUUUAGUUUGAAGACCUCAAGAAAGCCUAUUUUAGUAUCAACUUUUGAGUCUCCAUGGUCAGAGUGACUUGUAACUUUUAUGGAAUUUUGCUUACUUUCAUAUCAUGACGAAGAUUAUUCAACCAGCAUUUCCUUUUAUUGUGUCAGACAUCUGUAACCUGAGUGCAUUUCCUUUCAGUGUCAGACAUCUGUAACUUGAGUUAAACAGAUAACUAUGUUCAGAAUCCAAGAGUAAAGAGGGUUUGAAAACCUUUUUGUUCAGUGAUUAGUCUCCCCCUUCUUUUGAGAUCCAGGAGGGAGAUUACCUGCAUUGAGCUUAUACUAGAGAUGUAUCGGAUGCCUGAAAAUGGGAUUUGUGGAUGCGGAUAUCAAUUUUUCUAUAUUUGCUAAUGUGGAUAUCAAUCUUUUAAAUUUGCGGAAGCAAAAGCGGAUAUUUGAUGACCAUACCCUCUUAGAUGCGGGUACAGAUACGUACUUUUUAAAUCUAAAUAAUUUAGAUAUAUAUAUUAAAUUGUGAAAGAUGAUUUUCUGCCAAAUAAUUCAAAAUUAUGUUACCACAUAAUAUUUGAUGCACUAAUUGAAAGUAGCAACAUAAGUGAUACUCAUGUGUGGGUAUAUACUUUUGUAUGAACAUACAAACAUUAACAGCAAUAUACAAAUGUUUUAGUUGUCUUAGCACAAGGUUAUUUCAUGUUCAUUGCAUAAUACGUAGGUAACAAAACUCAAAGCCAUUCUUCAUAUGAGAGAGAGUGUGUGUGUUUCCUAAAAAAAAUGAAAUACCCUGCCUCUGUGAUUAUAACUGCUUUAAAUGACAUGAAAUUACUUGAAUAUGCUUCAAAACAAAUACAGGCGGUCCCCGGGUUACAACGGGGGUUCCGUUCUUGAGACGCGUCGUAAGCCGGAACAUCGUCAAAAAUCUUAAGAAAACCUUACUUUUAAUGCUUUGGGUGCAUUGAAAACUAUGUAAACUGCAUUCUUAUGGCAUUUUUCAUCAAAAAAACCUUCAAAUAUUGAUUAUUUUGCAUUUUUGGUGUCAUAUUUCAUCUCCCAGAUGAGCGUUGUAGGCGUCAUAACCCUGGAAAUAACGUCUAUUGACAAGCGUCGUAACCUCGGAACGUCGUAAGCCAACACCGUCGUAACCCGGGAACUGCCUGUAUAGCCUAUAACAGAGCUACUUAUAAAGUAUAUACUGUAUGAAAUGUGUAAUUAUGUAUCAUGUACAUAUUCUGUAUAAUAAAGUGAAAAAGCAAAGUUCUGCAAAAAAAAAAAAAAAAAAAUCUACCUUUAUAGAUACUUUGUAUCAGUAUGAACUAUUGAACACUGAGCAGGGGUUGGUUGGUUGGUUUUAUAAAGUUUAGGUGUAACAUCAAGCACUGGGGCAGCAAAGGCCAUUCAGCGCUUACCACUGAGCAGGGGGUUGAUAUUUUCAUUCUCAAGCUGUGGAUGCGGAUGUUGCUCGUAGUGUUAAUGUGGAUCUGGAUGUGGAUACAGAUGUUAUGAAACUGUCAAUGGGGUUGCAGAUUUAUAAAAAAUGCAGAUAAAAAUCCGCGGAUGCAAAUAUUUAAUACAUCUCUAGCUUAUACCAAGAAUGUUCACAGACCAGAUCACUUGUCCACAUAAAGUAUUGUAAUCUGGUAAUUUUCAUUAAAUACCUUUUUGGAAUUCUACAAUAUGGGUUAGUAAGCAGUAUAAGUUUUGCACUAGUGAGUUAUUUUCACUUGAAGAUGUUCACUUCUUACUGAGUUACUUUGAUAGCCAAUUACAGGCAAAAGUAGUACAACUACAACUUUGUCUGAUUGGUCACUGCUGCAGACAGCUUUGAACCAUUUAGUUUUAAGUUAUAUGGCUUUUGGUAAUUUCUAAAUGCAUAUAAGAUAAAAUGUUCACAUGUUCCCAAGCGAUUUCAUUACCAAAGUGAAUAGUUGUCAUAUGCACUCUGUUUUCAGAUUCUUAUCUUUUAUUUAUUUCAGUGCUGAAAAGUUUUAGUUAAGUAACUUUCUGCAGAAUAGUGCAAGUGCAGGUCAUGCACUGUACUAUUUCUUUCCUUGUUUUUUUACUCUUGAAAUCCUGCCAUUCCACACCAUAUUUGAAUAUCUGACUCAUACUUUUAAGGUGCUAUCACAAGGAUGAUUUUUAUGUCAUCUUGGGAUGCCAUGUCGCAAAUAAUUGUGUCAAGUAGUGCUCAUAUUGUAGUAUUGGCAGAGUUCUUUGUGCUGUAAAUAGUUUUUCCUACUUAACCAAGUAAUAUACUUACUUAAUACUUCCCAUUUUGCAAAUAAGUUUAUCACUUGGAAUAUGAUGCUUAUAGGAUCUGUGGAUGUGAUUUUAAAAGACUGGCGCAUUUUUGUUUUCAACCUAGCCUGGGCUAAAACUUGACUUGUUCUAUUACAGUAAUUUAAUUUAUUAAGUCAUUCCUAGAAUGUUAUAGAAUAUAACAUUGGUUGAGAAGUACUGAAUUUUUCCUGUGGAAACUAAGGUUGCUAUAUUGGACUGGAGAGUAUAUGAUAUGGAUGUCUUUACUUUUGUCACCAAUGCUUGCUACUUUGAGUGAACUCCAGCAUCAAGAUACAAAAGAGCUUCGAGAAAAUGUGCCAAUGUGAAAACAAUUAGUCAACUGGCUGUCUGCCUUGAAAUAAAUUUUAAGGCUCAUAUGUUUGAAGGUGGUAAAAUUCAGCUAUCCAAAUAUUGUCAUUUUCAGUUGUUGAAUGGCAGAUCUUUGGCAUACGAUUUUGUUAAAAUUUCCAAGAAUUACCUAGUACCUUUGUAUACCCAUUAUCUAGUCAUGGUUGCUGUGCCAUCCAUGUAUUCUGUACAGUUUUAAUGCUUUGUUACAUUUUAGUUUAUCUGAACUGUUAUAUGUAUUAUUAUUAUUGUAUUAUUUUAAUUUCAGUGUAAUUUAUUAGCCCCUCCUAAUGCCUAAAAUAUAGUUUUGCAUUUUUUGGAUUUUGAAAUACAUAUACUUGUGAAGGAAGUAAUUUGUUAGCUGCAAAUAGUUUAACCAGACAACUGAGUUAAAAAUUCCUAACUCGGUGCACUGACAUUAAGGGUUUGUUUACAUUUGUAUGUUGUGUAAGAUGCAAUUGCUUACAUGCAUUUCAAAAGAUAUAGGUAAGUCUGUAAUAUGAAUUAAAAACAUGACAUUCUUGUGUCUUGGGAAACUUCAUAAACAAUAUGUUUUUUAUUGAUUAGUCAACAUUAAUACUGUUUAUAUUAAGUUCUGGAAAGAAAAUAUUGAGUGUACCUAUAAUUUACAUUUUCAGUAGUCAUAUUACGUAUAUAUGGGUGUAACAGUUCAGCAUAUCCAUUAUAAUCCAGUUAGUUUUGUAAUUUCACUUCCUUUAUUUUAUUUUAUCAAAUAGUUUAACCAGAUGCUGAGUUAACAUUAGGUAUUAAAGAAUUCACUUAGUAAAUUCUCUUAAUGUGUAUAAUUUCAUCUGUUUAGGAAGCAACUUGUUUUACACCUGGAAGCUGUUAUAAGAUUGCCUGGAAAUGUUGCCACAUUGGAGUUUAAAAUCUUAUACAGGUAGUCCCCAAUUAUCGGCUGGGGUUCCGUUCUCGGUGGGGUGCUGAUAAGUGAAAACUGCUAUUAACCGAAAAUCAGUGAUUUGUGGAGCCGAUAACCAGUUAAUGGCGCCUCUGUUAGGUAUGUUAUGACACCAUAAUUAUUAGGUGCCAAUAACCAGGGACUGCCUUAUUGCAAAGAAAAUUUAUAUAAUUUUUUCUUAAAACCUUUUCCUGUCAUAUAGUUAGUAUGCAUAUUUAUUACUAUUGACAUUCUAUUUACAGAAAGUUAAAGUCAGGAAUUUUCAUGGACUUGAAGUGAUCCAGCUGUAAUUUGGGUUUCAAAUCAUACUAAAAAUAUUUGAUUUUUUAAAUUCAUAUUUAGGGCCAGAUAAGUUUUAAAAAAUUAUUAAUUCCCACAUAUUUUGUGUAAAAAAGUGAUAAUACUUCAAGCAGAUCAAAUUUUAAUUUAUUUAUAAUAUUUUAUAUAUUACAGACUCCUAGAAUUUGUAAUUAGUAAUAAAUUUAGCUGAAUCAGCAAGUAAUAAAUGAAACUCAUGAAUAAGUAGGUCCAUACCAAGUUGAUUGUUGUUUUAUAACAGCCCCAUUAUAAUAUGCUGAAUAUCAGUCUGUGAUUUUCUUAUGAUCACCAGCCUUUUUAUCAGACAGGAGGAGAUAUUCUUCCCACAUACCUGGACCUUGAGGUAUGUAUAAUCUUUGUGUUUCUUCCUUUCAAUGUAGUUCUUGUUUGAUAAAGUGAAUUUUACAUUUAAUAGGAAUCUUAGACAACCAUUAGCGUCGUAGUUUUACUGGCACCACAUUCAGUAGGUACGUUGGAGUAAGUAAUUACCUUUUUGAUCAGAGAAAAUAUCUGUUUAGCAGUGUUGCCUCAUUCUAGCUUUAAGUGCAUUAUUGUGUGUGUGUUGUUUAAGUAUUAGUAAUAGUGGGGCAUUUACUUUUUACUUUGGGUUUUUGAUACAUUAGAGGAAGCCAUAUUUGGCAUUUCCUUAUUUUUAAAUGUCUUGUGCUUACUUGAUACAGCAAAUAGUAAAUAUAUAUGGUAUUACCUCUUUCUACUUUUACUUUUGUGAGUUAUGUGAUUUUAUCUUUCUAUUGUCAAUGAAAAAUUUCAUUUUCUCUUGGUAGAUGAAAAUGAGACCUCAGAAGGCAAGGCCUGUGCUUACUAUCCUUAUAAAAUUUAUGACUUGAGGAAAAGGCAUUGAGGUUAUGGAAGCCUUAGCCAACAAGACUGAAGACUUGACAGCAAGUGUAACAGCACAAGGUAACAAGGUAGAAUGAGAGGAGACCUCAUUGUCUUUGCUAUUUGAGUUUCAUAAGUCUGUCCCUGCACGUACUACUAAUAAUAAAAAUGUGUAAAAACUGACCAAUGGACCAUUUCACUGUAUGAGGCACAAAUUUGUUCUGUGAACCCAGUCCUCUACACAAAAGGCACAUCAAAUGGAAACCCUUAAUUAAGAAACAAAGGACCUAAAAUUUUCUCCCUGUUAGUAUAUUUAAUUGUACUAUGGUAUUAAUUACAUGUCCCAACAGUAGAAAACAAAGGGGGAUGGUAAAAAUGGCAUAAAUGGAAAUUAUAGUGUAAAAUGAAUUAUGUAGAAACAAAUAGAAUUCACAUUCGAAUAACUAAAAAGCAGAGAACUGAAAACAAACCAAAGGUAACCUGUUACCAUGAAAGAGCAAAAACAGUAAGUUCAGUAGUGAAAAUAACAGUACACUGUUGCCAAGAAAAUUCCAUGAAAUUGUAUAGCAUUUAUGACAAAACUGGCAAAACAACUGCAUAGUGCAAAAACUGAAAAUUAAAAGUUAACUUUUUCACUGGACAGUUUACUGAAGUAAUCCCAUGACUUAAUUUAAUGCCAUGAAGCCCAGCAAGCUCAGUUAAGUAAAUCCAAAGCACAAGAAAUCAUGAAAAUUACUUACCAAUAAAACGAAGUUAGUUUUCUCACAGUAACCUUACAGUGGUAAUUGAAAUCACUGGCUCGGAAAGGAAAAGCUCUACGUAUUAUAUUCACAUAUCACCAUUAAAUUGGCAAUGCAUGAAGUGAAUGGCUAGUUACAGAAAACACUAAACUGAUAAUCCUAGGAGAGUAACUUUGCCAAUGUUCACACACUGUAGUCCCAUGGGAGAAUAAGAACAUGGCACCUCCUGUAAUGUGUUUUGAGCUUGAGCAGUGUGGAUUUUGGGAUGUAAGGGUCUUAUCAAAAUGCAACAAGGGGGCUGUUUUCAUAGAAUAAGGCUAUUUUUUUAUUACUGAAAUUGAUUUACAGAAAAAAAUUUCGUCCAUGCCCACUUCUCUGUAUUUGCCAAAAGUCAUUGGUAAAGAGCAAGCUUGUGGAUUACCACCAUGUUCAGCUGCCUACUACUCCACCUGCUUGUGCUGAUCUGCCUGUGUUUCACCUUCCUUGCUUGCUGACCAGCUGACAUGUUCAUCUCUCUGCUGUCCCCCAUCCAUUGGCUAUAACUGGUCUGGACUCUACUGUAUCAUUGGAAAAUUAUUUUUCUUCAAAUUGAUUGUCUGCAGUUGAUAAAAGGGCCUCUCUUCUAUGCCUUCUCCAGUAGUAGCCGCUUCCCUUUCAGAAGCUGAAUCUUUAUCAAUUCCUGGUACACCAUAGGUGGACACACUAAAAUGUUGGUACACCCAUGCCUAUGACAAGGCUGAAAGAUGUCCUAAUAACUGGCUCUUUUAAUGAUGUUUGGGCUAUUCUGGUUUGCCCACAUCUGCUUCCGAUACGAGUUCCAUCUAUUUACUUCACCAAAGGUCGAAGCGAUAGGUGUGCUCAGCUCAGAACUUUUUCCUUGGGGUCAUGCUUGCAAGUAUUAAGAAAGCACCUCUUAUCUCCAGUAGUCAUCAUUAACCUGGCCAUCACAGCAAUGGGCAUCUUUGUUCUUCAAGAAAUAUAACAAUUAUUGUUACUAUUCUUGCAGUUGAAUGACAAAUGGAAUCUUGCAUACUGAACAUGACUGUUCCACCUUUGUGAGAUUCCAGCAGCAAAUUACAGUGUUCCAAUUGGCAUCCCUCAUGUUCGUGACAGGGUUAAAUGGCAGUAAGAGUGCAGUAGUACAGUAGUGUCAGUCAGCAGGAGUUAACCAUAGUACUUAUAUAUGCUUAGUAAUGUCAGUCUGCCUCAAGUCAGCAAAGGACUGGUUCUUUGUAGACAUCAGUAGACUUGCCAAGAGACUUUUAACCACGAAGAUGCAAACUGUUAAGCAUGUGCAAGUGUCAAUUCCAGCUGGUGAUGGUUAGUUGUGUGUGGCUUUCCUUAAUUUGAGACUGGUUUGUAAUGAAUUAUAGUUGCAGUGAGGAUUUUACUCGUGCAAAGGAUGCUCUUUGAUGCCCUUUGUUAAGGCAAUUCUGUAUCACUGAGAACAGUUUGGGCUUUCAAGAAUGGAGUUUCUUGUUUUAGAUGAAAACUAAAAAGUUUUGUUAAUCGCUGUAUUCAAAGGUAAAGGCUCAUGUCACUGGUCAGCAGUAAAUCCAGCAUAAAUGAUUCUCAAACUGUCACCCUUAUGAAGCUCCAAAGCAGCGAUUUCCAGUAGUUAGCUACUCAUUGUUCAUUUUUGCCAUGGGACAGCAGCCAUGUAAGUUUUGAGAUGUAAGUGGUUUCCUGCAGUCUUGUAAGUAAUGGAAGAAAUUUUGUAAAGUAUUUCUCACCAUUUGCUUUCACCUAAACCUUGCUGUUAACAUGUCACAUUGGAUAGACACUUGUUUUUUUUCCCAGAAAUUCCUGUGUCAAACUAUCCAGAGCAGUUUUGGUUGCAAUUUACUGCCAUUAAAGUUGCUUAAUUGUGUCUGUCUAUUGGGCAAAGGGUAGGUACCUUCACUGCAUUCAUUAACCUUGGAAUGUUCAUCACUAAAUUAACAAGAUAUCUUUCUAGAUGCAAGAUGUGGUGACUGAAGAAGGAUUUCCAUAAUUGACAGCCUCUACCGAAAGUCGAUGCUUGUCUCGUAAUAAGCGCCUUUAACGGCAUUUACUUAUUCUUGUGUAAGCGCAAUCAAUGGUACUCACGGCGCCGUAACUAGACACCUAAUCUUGAUAAAAGUAUUUGAAAAAGCACCAUAAGGUCGGAAUGCCAUAACUUGGGGACACCCUGUAUAAGUACACUGGGUUCUUCAGCAUCUUCAUUUUCAACCUUAAUACUGGAUCAGGCAUUUAAGUAAAUAUUGGUGUUAUGAUGGACCAAAUUGCAUAUGUAACAGAACACAGUGAUUGGUAUCCUUCCAGUCCCCAAGAUGUUUUUACAUAAUUUUCUGACAGGACAUCAAUUGAACCAUAUUAGGGAAGUAAUACUUCCGAUGCCGCAAGAGAGGAGGAAAAAACUUGGAAGAUCUAUUGGAGUGCAGAGAGCUAUCACGAUCUGAGACCAGGGUGUUCACGUUGUAAAAUGGACUGAGCAUGCCCCGACAAGGGAAGCACAAAUGAAGGCCUAGAAUCUCGUCUGGCACCCAGUAAGGCCUCUAUACCCAUAGGAGUCAUAGAAGACUGAGCCUGUGUCCGAGGAAGAAACUUGAAAGAUCUAUUGGAGUGCAGAGAGCUAUCACGAUCCAAGACCAAGGUGUUCACAUGUUUUGAAAUGGACCGAGUAUGGCCCAACAAGGAAAGCCCAAACAAAGGCCUAGAAUCUUGUCUGGCACCCAGUAAGGCCUCUAUACCUUUAGGAGUCAUAGAAGACUGACCCUGCGUCUGACAUUCAAGAUGGUUGAACUCACGAAUGAGAUUAACAACCUCAGAGAAAGAGGACAGAAACUCUGGCUCUCUCCCUCCUCAUGCUCUGGCAAAGGAGACCAACGACGUGAAGGCGGCGGCUUGGCAGGAUCCUCAUCUUUCUGCAACAGCAUUGGAGAUGCAUAACCUAGGUAGCCUAGCAUCAUGUUCCUUAUUGGUUGGAGUGGAGCCCCUAAACACUGAAGAUCCCAAAACCGAGGGUUCAGGAACACUGUCACACGACGAAACUCGUACAUGGUCCCGAUUUGAACAGCAUACCUGCUUGAGAGAUGAAUCACUUACACAUCCGUGGGGAUGAAUCACAUACACGUUCGCGUGACGAAUCAUGUACGUGGGCGUGUGAUGAGUCAAGUCCAUGAGACGACAACCGACCACAGUCCCAAGACAAGGAACACAUGUCGAAAAGAACUGCCUGAGGGAGACUUGACUCCUAAGGUUACUGUCUCUAGUAGGAGAGUGAAAAACAUGUCCACGGACCAAGGAUGCUUCAUACUCUUGACCAUCAACCGCAACCUCACAGAGAGAAGAAUCCUUGGAAACAGCAGGAGACACCUUCGUAGCAGAUACCUUUGACGACUUAAUUGGCGCCAUAUUAUCCUUCUGACAGACUGGAACAGGGAUGGGGUAAGGGGCUAGCACCACUGAAAUCACAACCAUGUACGUGUAAGGAAGUGUGUGUCACGAGCGCACAAGGAAGAUGGUGAAGCUUUCUCAACACUCCCAUCGUUAAGAACACGUAUACGUGAGGGAGUGGCCCAGCCAUGGAAGGAAGGUGGUGAAGAAUCCCUCUCAUGUACUGCAUCUCCUGAUCGUGAACACGUACAGGUAAGGGAGAGACACGGCCAUGAAGCAAAGUCUACGAUGCAUUACUCACACGUACGGGAGAGACAUGGCUGUGUUGGGAAGUCAGCAAUGCCUUCCCUCUUCGUACCUCCCUUCCAAUCUCUCAAACACGUACAUGUAAGGGAGGAACACAGGCGUGUUGAGAAGAUGGUGAUGCACUCCCUUCACUCACAGAAGAUGAAGCCACAAAGUCCUUAAUUUUCUAACGUCUGACUUGAGAGCGAGAAGAAGGAGGAGACAAAGAAGCAGAUGUAAUAAAACCCCCUCUACGACGUUUCUUGCUAGAUGGUGGAGGGGAAGAAACACUCCAUUUACGACUCUUCCCAGAGAGAGCAGAAUAUUUCUCUCAAAAACAAAGUCCAGCCUUUUCAAACACUGUUUGAAACGUCUCUGAUGGCUCAGCGAGAGCAAGCGAUGACAUCAUAGCAGAAUGGAAUGAUGUCACAAUCACAGGAGGAAGAGACGCCACCAGAACUGAUGUCAUAGGCUGAGAGGAUGCUGGGAGUGAUGUCACGACGUCUCUAAAGGCAGCGCUGGUCGAUGAACUCACUUCAGGAGCGACAGAGACGACCCAGAAAGCGUCAACGUUGAUAACAGCAUCCUGCUAGGAGACAGCUCACUAGAUCUAAAAUAAUGUAGUCCUGGGAGAAGCGGGACUGGCAUCAGGGCUGGAGGGGGGGUUGCCUCCAAGAAAUGAGCCAGCAGGCCAUCCAAGGAGAGGGUACCCCCUUAGGCCUAGCAACGCCCAAACAGCCACCAUCGUUUGAUUCUGAAUCUGAAAUUAAUGAAACACGAAGCAGCAGCCUCCCUCUCUGGAAGGAUAUUGGAUCCCAUGGGAGAGGGGCUACAUUACACAUCAUCAUCCUGUACAACUCCUGAUACUUCUAACAACGAAUCGAUGGAAGAAAAGGAAGGAGAUGAGGAACAAAUGCAGCGGGGGAGCACUUCUGGAAGAGGGGGAAGCCGAAUCCUCUAAACAAGGUGCAGGAAACCCCUCCCAAGAAGGAAGAAUAGAAACUCUGCUAUGCUCCCUCCUCUUGUAAAACACCUUCCAUUACAAGUUAGGCCAGGGCAGGGAUUAGUAAUAGUACAAAAAUUAGAUAGGCACUUGCUGCAUGUCGUACAGAGAUCUGCAACUGUAGAAGCCAAAAACCUGGAGCACGGAAAACCCUGGACAGUGUGUUUAUAAUGCCAUCCUCCGAGUCAACGCAUAUCACACACAGACAACUGAAAACAAAGAAUCACGGGCAAGAAGAGCAAAAGGGUCUAGUCUCAAAGGUGGUCAAAGAAAGAUUAAUGCAUUACGAGGCGCUUUCUUGGUUGUUGACCAGCCUUCACCUCAUACACACAUGAAUUGCCAGAUCUCACAGAUUCCUUGCUAUACAAUCUUUGCUUGCUUUAACUGGUUUCCAGUUUAUCCUAUUGUUAAGGCCUCAGGUUUGUUAGCUAUGAAAAAAUCAAAUUUAUUAAAAAUUUGGAAUAUUUGUUUAUAGGUACAGACCCAUAUUGUAUAUGUGGGGUAGACUAUAAAGUUCUCCUAAGGUCUGACAAAUAAAAGACUGGUGAUCCUGGGAUAAACUUUAGACUAAUCCAGGCUUAUACAUGAUUAAGGUUUAAAUAAAGGUUUUUUUGCCACGAAGGAAAAAAAUGAAAAAACGAGUCGGCAGAGUACUUUCGGUCCUAUUCGGACCCGAAUAGAACCGAAAGUACUCGGCCAACUCGUUUUUUAAUUUUUUUCCUUCGUGGCAAAAAAACUUUUAUUUAUACAUAGCAUCAUGUUUUAUAUACUUCGUGAUCAAGUUAUUCAUGAUUAAGGUUUGUAUGGAAAACUUUUCAUAUAAUGACAGCUUUAUGUAUUGGGGGAAAAAAAAAAAAAUUAUUUUACAGGACCUACUGUCAGUUAUUUGUUUUAAUGAGGAUUUAGAUUUUGGUUAUUUUUCCUAUCGCGUUAAUUUUUGCCAUUGCAUGUAAUAAUAAAAAGUGCUCCCUUAAAUUGCAAAAUGUACUCAGAAAAUGAGCCAGUAUAGUUAAAAAAAAAAAAAAUUCAUU